CGUAGAAAACGUAAAAUAGACUGAGUCUCUGCUGUUCCGAAAAUGAUGCGUACCUCUCAUUGACAAGAGGACACCGGAGUUACCAAAGUUGCAAACGACAAGAAACAAAACUUACGCACAAAAAAGAAGCGCACGAGACUAUAUCGAAAUCUAUUUUUGUAGUUAGGAGGUAAAAUCCCAUGACGGAGACAGUUGAGUGCCAUUAGAUAAUGCGCUCAGAUGUUAUGAUAUGAACGUUUUUUCCCUAAUAGUUUUCUUGCAAGGAACUUGGUAGCCUGUUUGUGAAGACCAAGCCCAAGCCAAUGCUGUCAGCAGUGCUGCUCCCUUCUGAGUCAUGCACUGAGGCAAAACAAAUCUGCCCAUAGCAGCAAAGCUAACAAGACGUCGAGCACGCGAGUUCCUGUUUAUUUGACUCCUUUCUAGGGUUCCCUUAACACCCAUCUACCUCAGACUUUUCACUACUUGGUCACCAUCAUUGCACCGCCAUCUGCCUCUCAUCGCUUGAAGCCAUGGCUGCUAAUAGGAAUGCUUUGGCCCUUCACAAAGUGAUAAUGGUGGGCAGUGGUGGCGUGGGCAAGUCAGCACUAACAUUGCAAUUUAUGUAUGAUGAGUUUGUGGAAGACUAUGAGCCCACUAAAGCUGAUAGCUACAGAAAAAAGGUCGUUUUGGAUGGAGAGGAGGUCCAAAUUGACAUCCUUGACACAGCUGGGCAGGAGGACUACGCUGCCAUUCGAGACAACUACUUCCGCAGUGGAGAGGGAUUUCUCUGUGUGUUCUCCAUUACAGAAUCAGAAUCCUUUGCUGCUACUGCUGACUUCAGAGAACAGAUUCUUCGGGUGAAGGAGGAGGAGAACGUACCUUUCCUGCUGGUGGGAAAUAAGUCAGACUUGGAGGAGCGACGGCAAGUUGGGUUGGAGGAGGCAAAGGCCAGAGCAGAGCAGUGGGGCGUCAGCUAUGUUGAAACAUCUGCCAAAACCCGUGCCAAUGUAGAUAAGGUUUUUUUUGAUCUUAUGCGUGACAUCAGAGCCAGAAAAAUGGAAGAUGGCAAAGAGAAAAAUGGAAAAAAGAAGAGGAAAAGUUUGGCAAAGAGAAUUCGGGAAAGAUGUUGCAUUUUAUAAAGACUGCGUCAAUGUGCGCUAUUAUGCUAAUGUCGCUACUCUUCCGCUGCUUCCAAAAACAAUUAAUCAGGUUAUAUCACUCUCCAGCCAAAACUGCUAGAGAUCAACUCUUAAAAACACAUCCAGGCUACUGUGUGUUCCUGAUACUUUUUGUUGGUGUUUUUCAAUGGGUACAAAAGGGAAGAAUAUCAGAAUGCAUUACCAAAAUAAUGUCAAACAGAGAUAACUUAAUGGUGCCAUCAUCAAACAAAACAUUUCUAAGCUCAAGCACACUAUUACAGACGACUAUAAUGAUUUUAAUGUUAAAGAUUUGAUAUACUGUGCAUUAAUUACUCAGUUAACCAUAGACUAGUCCAGUUGCUUUUAGUUCUUAAUGUGACUCAACUGUGACAACAUUGAGUGCUGAACACUAACACUCUCGCUAAAAUAUGACUAUUUAUGUGCAAGUUUUAGGGGGCUUUUCAGGACCGUGGAAAUGUACACCUCCUGUUCUGUUUUACUCAACAUAAAAUACUAAUUAGUAUACAAUAUCUGGGUAUAAAGUCUGGUUUUAGGACAUUGUGUUAAAGAAAAUUACAGCUACAUCACCUAAGAUUGCUAAUUUUUGCUUAAGUGAAUGUUAAAAUGACUAGCUAGAGAAGUAAUAAACCCAGCAGUUUAUUCUUGAUAGGCUUCUUCUGCUGUGUAAACGCAGUGUAAACCCAUGCAUUUCAGCAAAGACUUUUGACAGUCCUUCAUUUCAUUUAAAGGGGUCAUGUCAUGCUUAUUUUUUUACUUCAUUACUUUUCUAAGUGAACCUCCUGGAAAACAAAAGUUUUUGCACAGUAAUAAAGUGUUAAAUUACAUUUUUCCAUCCUCAUUUUUGGCCCGCUGUCUGAUUUGCUCAGUUUUCUGUGCUGUCCCCUUCAAGACUUCAAUAUGCACUGUGCAAACACGCUUGUGGAACUGAUUUUUUCCAAGAAUAAAUGAAUGAAAACAUUAAAGCGAUUUACCAAAUCCCCUGAAAGCACUCAGUCCAGCUUAUCACUGAUAGCUAUACACGAUCAGCCACAAUAUUAAAACAACUGGCCUAAUAUUGUGUAGGUCCAUCUCACAACACCAUCAAAAUAAAAUCCUUAGAGAAAAGUGACGAACAAAGGUCAGUCCUCAUUCCUAAUGUUGGGAUCUUCAGAAGGCUAUCCAAAGAAGCAGUUUUUUUACAAUCAGGAACAAAACAACGUCUGGGGACCUUUACAUCUUAAUAUUUUUUCUUAACACCCUUUUCCUACAUCAAUAUGGUGCCGAUCGAGUUGUUUUGCAGGGUGGGAACAAUAAAUGCUCUUUUCGGACUGGAGAGAAUGUUUUGAGUUCUUAAACUUACAGUAUGUUUAUAUAGUACAAUGACCUCUUACCUGUAUGUCAAAUUAUUAAGGGAAAUAAGGUUCCUUAUGCAUGACCCCUUUAAGCCUAAAUGCAUCUGAUUUCUGUCACACAGGUUAAUCAUAACCCCAUCUUGAAUUCAAAAGGGCUAUUAAUCAUACUGCUUUGUGUGUGCAACAACAGAAUUGGAGAUUUGUUCAGUGGCCAAUUAAUAUAUUGUUUUGUGUUACAUAAAAAUGAAACUGUCAUCUGGCUUAGUUCUACUUUACUGUGAAAAACAGGUUUGAAUGUUUUAUUACACAGACUGAAUUGUGUAUUUUAAUAUAACAUGCAUUUGAAAUUGUAUUCCACCUUUUAUCCUGUGUAAUUAUAUUUUCUAUUGUAAAUUAAAAAAAUUCUGAAUUCUUUGAGGGUAACUUAAUAUUGUGAAAUUAUACUGAUACUAAAACUAAGAAACUCUAAAAGGGCUAUACAUAAAUAGUGUUUUGCAUACAUGGCUCUGGUGGCUACUCCGCAGAUUUGGAGUAGAAAGAACCGGUCACUCUUUGCUAAAAGGUUUGAAUAAGCACAUCCUAACUUGAAGUUCCAUAUGUACCAUAAAUAAAUGUGAGGUUAACAGUUUCUUUUCACCUAAUUCUGGCAUCUACCAAACAUGUUCUUUUCACUUUAUUUGCCAUUUGCAUCUACAACUACACUGUUCCUUUAAUGUUAUACUGUGAGAUGAGCAUGUUUUUCUUUUGCACUGUUUAUUCUGUCACAGUGUGUUGAAACCCCACAACAAAGCUACUCUUGACUGGUCUUGUGUGGUAUGUGUGCCGUGGGGUUAAUGAUGCUGACAUCAUUUGAACAGCUGAUGCCUCGGACCCCAACUCAUUGCUCGAGUGACUUAAAGCUUUUAAAAUAAAUUUACAAUAUAUGAGAUUUCAAUAUUAAGCCUCUAUUGUUUUCGUCUCUGUAAUACACUGAAAUGUCUUAAUUUCAUUCUGUAAUUUCUAUAUACAUUCUAUAUGAAACUAGCUGAUGCUGACAACCAAGACCGAAAGAAAACAAUGGAUUUGAAACGCAACUGACAGCACUGAUGUAAUAUUACAGCAGUAGCUGUUUUUAAUUUUGGUGAUAUGAAUGUUGAGUGGAAAAGAAAACAUUAAAGUAUACUGGAUUUUAAAAUGUAAAUGUUAUACUUAUGUUACAUUAAUAAAAAUCUAUUUUUGAAGAGUCCGUAAUCAGAUUUGAU